UCACUGCUAGCCUAGCUUGUCAGCUGAUCUGUCAAAAUAUUUCGCAGCAGCAGUAACAGAGCGUGCGUGUAGAGUUUGUACAUGCUACAGCCAUGGCAGGAAACAUGGAGCUUGCGCCUCUCAGACCGUGGGAUGACUUUUUCCCCGGGACCGAUCGCUUUGCCAAACCCGAGUUUUCAGAUUUGACCAAAUGGAACAACCGAGUUAUCAGUAAUUUAAUGUACUACCAGACCAAUUACUUCGCCGCGGCCGUGGUGGUGUUCCUCAUCGUGGGUUUUCUGAACCCAUUGGGCAUGUUUUUGGGAGGAGCAGUGGUGGCUCUGGUCUUUGCUGGGUCAGUUUGGGCUGGAGAGAACAAGUCCUUCAUCAAAAACUUCAAAAAGAAGAACCCCACUCUUUUUGUGCUGGCAGUGAUGGUCACCAGCUACUUUGUGCUUUCUCUGUUUGGCGGAGUCCUUGUGUUCAUCUUUGGAAUCACAUUUCCUCUGCUGUUAAUUCUAAUCCACGCAUCACUGAGACUACGUAACAUGAAGAACCGCCUGGAGAACAAGAUUGAGGGAGUGGGUCUGAAGAAGACACCGAUGGGCAUCAUCAUGGACCUCCUGGACCAGCAGGAGGAGAGGAUGAACAAGAUUCAAGAUUUCAUUGAGGGAAAACUCAAGGAAUAAGGCAAAGGGGAGGUGUCAGACCAAACAUGGAAUUACUUUAGCAUAUUCUCACAUGUCUCUCCUGACCAGUUAAAUUCUGGUUAUCAGCCAAUAUUGUAUUGUAGUUGUUUGUAUGAGCGUGACAAAGGGAUGCUUUUAUUUCUGCAAAAUGACUGACAUAUCAUGAAGUGAUUAGAUUGUAGUUCUCAUAGCUUAGGUUUAAAAUAUAUGUUUUGCCAAAAAUAGAGUUACUUAUUAUAUUUUGAUGUUUAUAUUCCUUCAUACAUUCUUUUUGCUUUAUAUUUUGUGUUGGCACUCCCUAGCUAAAAGCUAAGUUUACUUCUCAUGAUAAAUUUGCACAAUUUUCUUCUGGAAAUAAUGUAAAAUGCAAUGAGCAGUGCUUCAGUUGGGGUUCAGCAUUUCUCUAAUAACUAUCUGUCUCCUAUAGAAGCAAUGCAACAACAGAAGCAAGUAAACCACAGGUUAGGUAAAAAUGUUUACCUAGACACUAAACACAUUCAUUUUUAGGUCUCUUCAUUUUGCUACCUCACAAUCAUACAUUAUUUAAUCUGGCAUUUAACUACAUAUUUUAGAAAAAUAUUGCCACCUACAAUUAACUUAUGACACAUUCUAUUGUGGCAAGAUUUCAUCCACUAAGUGUUCACACUGUCCAGGCUGGCCCGAGUGUAGCCCUUACUGACCACAGCUAUGCAAUAUGAAAAUGAAUGGCAAGUGCAGCUUUAUGGUUUGUAUAUUACAUAAUUACUUUGUGUCUUUAUUCAAAGUAAUGCAUGCUGACUAUGUAUACUGACUGGUUGCAAGAUAUUUCCAAAUCUGACCACAAAAACCCCAGUAUUGUUUUAUAUGAUUCUAUAAACAAAUAAAAGCUUUAUUAUAGACUGCUGCCCUAAAAACAAUUUGGUAACAACAGAAUUUUGCACCACCACAUUAACUGCAAUUGAAGUAUGUUACUGUAUAAUUCACAUGCAUAAUGUUUAUUUAUAUGUGUAUUUUUUUCAUCCAGAACUGGAAAUUAUACAUGUCUGCUCCCAUGAUAAUAAAUUGGUUUGGAGUAUA